AUGAACCCGCGGGCCAACAACGAGCAGGUGGAGGAGCUGGACGAGGUGCGCAAGCAGAUGAAGGCCGACUACGCCAAGAGGUCGCAGCUGCCGCCUCCAUCGACCCGUCAUGGCAGCGACGCCGACGGCGACGACGACAGCGUUGAUCACGGCGGAGAGCGCGUGCGGUGGCUGCGCGACUUUGCGGCCGUGCUGGAGAACGUCUACGCACUCCCGUUGGACGCCUCCAUCUCCUCCACCUCCGCCGAGUGUCGCCAGUUCAUGGACAAAGGCACCUCCCUCCUCUACCUGAUCAGCGCGAUCAUCUCGCGUCGUACGGAUCUGCCGGACGACAUAGACCACGGCGACGAGCCCGACCCGUCCACCGCCUCCGCUGCCGACGAGCAGCCGCCGCCGCCCCGCGUCGUGCUACGCUUCAUCGAAGGCGUCAACGCCGCCGCCGCUGCCGCUGUCGAGUGGCGGUUCCCGGUGCAGCAGGGCCUGGAGGCCGAAGGUGAUGCCACGUCAUCAUCAUCAUCGGCCGGCGGGCAGGAGCACCAGGUGUGGAUGGCGCGCGCCGUGGCUGAUCAGCGCAACCGGGACACGUCGGCGAUGGCGAUCGAUGUCCAGUGCAGGCGGCGUGCGGCUGAUAUGCGCGGGCGGGUCGAAGCCGAAGAGGCCCGGCGAAAACGACACGGCAAGCAGCACUUCCACUUCCCACGGGUAAAUGAUCUUAUGAACACAAAGCUGAAAAAGAACAAAGAGAAGCUUGAAGUGGUGGAGGCCGAGGAGCGCGAGCGGCGGCAGCGACUCGAGGCCGAGCGCCAGGCGUCGCCAUCGGUCGCCGAAUUCUUCGGCCGCCUGUUCCGCCUUCGCCAGGGCGCCGCCAUGCGCAUCGGCCUCACCGAUCCGCACGGCAACGCGUUCCGGUACAAGGUGACGGUGACGGUGGCGAUGAUGGGCGAGCUCACCAACUACACGGUCGGUGCCAACGGGCGCGAGAUGCGGUUCGCCAGCUGCCAGCUGGCCAAGCCCUUCGGCUGCUUCCAGACCUGCAAACGCUUCGGCAGCGGGCAGCAGCUGAUCCACCACAUGUGGGCCAAGGGCCUACACCGCCCGCCCGUCAGUGACAUUUCACCCGAGGCCGCCAGCCCGGCCCAUCGAUGCCCUCAGUGCAGCAAGUCGUUCGGAUCGGAGCAGGCGCUGAAGGCGCACAGCGACACGAAGCUGCACGUCAGGUGCGAGGAGUGCGGCAGCAGGUUCCGCAACGAGGACAUGAUGCGGCAGCACUGCAAGGACAAACACCUCCGCGACCAACGAUUCAAGGAGGAGGGGAUAACCUCCACGCCAUGGUGCUACAAAAAGCAAUACGCGAAGGCGAUACCGUUCUACUGGCCGCGGCCCAAGUUCUGCUGCGAGAUGGAGGGCUGCGGCCGCGCGUUCAUGUCCACCGAACAGCUCUCGCACCACCACCGCAGUGUGAAACACUACAAGUGUCAGGAGUGCACAAAGAUGUUCGAGAAGCGGACGCACAUGUUCCGGCACUACAAGGCCAAGCACGACCCGGCCGUCUACCAACAGGGUCUGGUGGACCGACUGCAGGCGAAGCUGACCAGGGUCAGGAGCAGCAUGGAACGCGAAAGAUUCGGCACCAUGCGAUGGGCGGAGAAGAAGGAGAAGCUGGAGAUCAAGCUCGCUCGAGCCAUGGGCCUCUCCCUCGAUGAGGUAUAA